AUGUGUGUAGCUAGCUCUUUAGAAAAGUUCCAUAGUUUAAUAAAGAAAUUGGAAUCUUAUCAUGCAUUUGCAACGUCUUUGAAUGUUGUCUAUGGGUCUGUUGACUAUAGAAAUCUCUUUUUAUACCUGCCUCGAAACAUUUCAAAGUCCAUAAUUUUCGAAUGCAGUCAAUCUAUUCUUGAAAAAGUCCCAUAUUUUCAGUUUGAAGAUUCUCGAAAGUUUUUUGAGCAAAUUUCAAUAUAUUUAAAGUUCAAGUUUUUCUUGCCAAAAGACUAUAUUAUUCAUAAAGAAAAAUCAUGUGAUGAAAUUUUCUUCAUUAUUGAAGGAUCAAUUGCUUUGAUAUCUGCCAAUGGCAAAACGAUCUUGAAAACCCUCAGAAAAGGAUCUCUUAUUGGCGAUUUGGAAUUUUUGACAUCAGUAAAAUCGGCAUUUUCAGUCAUUGCGAAAAGUAUGUGCUAUACUUAUUCUUUAGACAAAAAAGAUUUAAUGAAGUCAUUUGAAAAAUACCCUGAUGUCUUUGAAGAAAUAGAGAAGAGAAUUGUCAAGCAUGAUGGCCUGUCAAUUGACAUUGCAAAUCAAGACUCUGCAAACGAUGAUGAGUUGAUCAAGCUAAGAAGCGCUGAUUUGAGGAAUGUUCUGGAUAUACAGACUGGGAUUAUCGAAUUUGAUUUUAGUAAUAAAGGGAGAAGAGAAUCUUUGAAUAAGAGAAGAAAAAAUCUUAUUGCAAGAUCGGGCUCUAAUUUGGGGGAGAGAAAGCAAAGCAUUUCUAAGAGUAUGCCAGAAAGGCGGUUGAGCAGAGAGUAUGCUCCAAUUUUAGAUGUUUCUUUUAAGAGCACAGAAAGUUAUUAA